AUGAGCUUCUACGACGUGUUCCGCGGCUUCUUCGGCUUCCCGGGACGGUGCAGACCCCGGGACCCGCUGUUCGGCGGCGCGGCGUGGGACGAGGAGGAGGAUGAGGAGGAGGAUGGCGGCCCGUCCAUGUCGCAGCCGCCCCAGGACUUCGGCUUCGGGUUCAGCCCUGGCUCCUCCCGCGGUGCCUUCGAGGAGCUGUUCCGGGACAUGGGCGAGCUCCUGGGCGUCCUGGGGGGGUUCUGGGCCGAGCCCCAGCAGCCUUUCGAGCCCGCCCUGCCCGGCCCGGGGGAAGGCAGCGCAAGGCGACCGCUGCGGGACUCGAUGCUGAAGCAGCCGGACAGUCCCCCUGCCAGCGCGGCCCCGGGGAGCUCCGGCGAUCUGGCCCGGCCAUGGAGACCCUUCCUAGGGCUGGAAGAUGCUCCCCGGGCUCCUCCCGCCCUCAAGGAAGACCAAGACCUGGACUCCCAGGUUUCCUCUGCUGGGCUGGGCACCAUCCUGAGACCCGACGAGCCCAGGUCCCACUCUUACUUCAAGAGCGUCUCUGUCACCACAGUGACUCUCCCUGACGGGGCGGUGGAGGAGCGCCGCACCGUGCAGGACAGCCAGGGCCGCCGGGAGACCACGGUGACACGGCGGAGAGGGGACCAGGCCUUCAUCAGCACCACCAGGGAGGACGGGCAGAGCAAGGACUACCGCGAGGAGGUGCUCAACAUGGAUGACCGGGAUCUGGCACAGUUCGCUGGCACCUGGGCACAGCAAGAAGAGAUUCCUGCUGCCAACCUGGGCCCCUCAUCUGCGCUGGGCAGCUUCCUCCGACGCUGGUUCUCGAGCUGGUAGCUGUGCCCAGUCCUGAUUGAGCAGCCCACGUGUGUUUCAGAUGGGUCAGAUCUUGCUGGGAAGUGGUGCCUGGGCUGGAGGCUGUCCACCUUCUGCAGCGCUGCACAGCCACAGGGAGCCCUGUGGGGGUCAAGUGUGUGUGUGUACAGAGCAAUAAAGUCUAUUUAUGCUAAA